CCACUAUGGAGGAAAGGACGAGCACCGGACUGCGCAUUUGAUGGCCAUCUGCCUAUUUGGCCAUAAACGCAUCGCCCAACCUCCGCUAGUCUCAAUCUUGCUCCGGGAUGCGCUCGUAUAUCCGCUUGACGUCGGGACAAUUGAAAUCCCUUUCUGGUCAGUAGAAGAACGAAGGAGAGGACAUGGGUGGGUUUGGGUUUGUUCAGCAGGAGGCCCGUUCUUGGGAGGAGGUCAUGCAGAGGGAGAUGAUUUUUGUUUCUGUGCCUGACACAGAACGGCACGAGAGAAUCCUCCUGUCCUUCAUAUUGUAAAUCCACCUGACUCUGGCUGUUUUAUAUUCAGUCCAAGACUUGCAGCCACCUGCACUCUGUGCUUCACUCUGAUGCCCAGCAUUUCCGUCUGUUGUGAUCCACCUUUAUGUGGUCGUUUGGACCCACAUGGAGGCAGAUUGCAUAUUUCUCUUUGACCGAAGUCGAACCUCGUUGACGCUCUGUGUCUGUGAAGUCGGUGCGUAUCAAUUUCCAUCCUCGAAGCGACUCUUCUUGAUCUGGGCCGUGCAUGCGUGCCGAGGGAUGAGUGUUUCUCCGUGGUGGACUAGAGCGUGACGGGCACGAUUAGCAGCCUUCGUUAGGACACGAUGCAGAAGAGUGCGGAAGAGGUUCUUGCGCAGACAUUCCAGCGAUUGAAGGUCGCAAGUGAUGUGAGGGAGAGAGAAUUUGAUCACCAUGAAGCGGGCGUGGCUCGACUUAACCACGGAAGUUUUGGGAGCUGUCCGUCGGCUGUCCAGAAGGCUCAAGAAGAGUGGAAGCACAAAUGGUUCAAGCAACCGGAUACUUUCGUCUACCAUCAAAUGGAGGAUGGUUUGUUGGCAUCGAGAACGGCAAUCGCAAGGUUGAUCAACGCGCAGAAUGUCGACCAAGUCGUCCUCCUGGACAAUGCCACCACCGCAGCCUCCAUGGUAGCUCAAGAACUCGUGUGGGGAUUCUUGGAGGGGAGGUUUCACAAAGGAGAUGCAAUUUUGUUGUUGAAUCAUGCGUACGGAGCUUACAGAGCGUGCUUCGAAGCGAUUGCCGCCAGAGUGGGUGCCGAAUUAAUCAGUGCCAAGAUUCCGUUUCCUGUCUCCUCUCCAUCCCACGCCCUAGGCUUCUUUCGUGACUCUCUUGCGAAGGCUCGUGAGGAGAGUCCAGGUCGAAUUAUUCGCUUGGCAGUGUUAGAUCAUAUCACAUCCAUGCCUUCGAUGCUUUUGCCCGUGAAAGAUAUGGUCAGCUUGUGCAGAAGCUAUGGCGUAGAACAAGUGUUUGUGGACGGAGCGCACGCUUUCGGGAGCGUGGAAGUAGAUGUUCAGGAUUUGGACGCAGAUUUCUACACCAGCAAUUGCCACAAAUGGUUCUUCGCACCCGAAGUGGUCGCCUUCUUCCACUGCAAACCGCAACAUCUCGGCAGCCUCCAUCACCCGGUGGUUUCAACCACGCAUGGUCUGGGAUUGGCAGCCGAGUGUUCGUGGGUUGGCACUCGAGAUUAUUCUGCCCAGCUCGCCAUUCCUGCUGCGGAGGAGUUCGUUUUGAGAGAAGCAGGAGGUCUCGACGCGCUCAGAAGAUUGAACCACGACUCUGUGCUAGCCAUGGGAGAUUGGCUUGCCAAUGAAUGGGGGACAGCUUGCGGCGCCCCGCCGGAGAUGGUGGCCUCCAUGGUGAUGGUAGGAUUGCCACCUGUUCUUAACAUACAGUCGUUCGAUGAGGGAUUGGAUCUGAGAACACGUCUGCGCGAGGAAUUUCAUGUCGAGGUUCCAAUGCACUACGUCUCAAAGGAAGACCAGGAGAGUGCAGAUCGAAUCACCAAGAUUCCAGGCAUCACCGCCUAUGCCCGUGUGUCGCACCAGAUUUACAACAAGAUGGAGGACUAUGUGCAACUUCGGGACGCAAUCAAUUCUCUAGUAGGAAUGUGCACCUCGAAAUGAUACCGACCGGUGCCAAGCGCCGUCCAUCGUUCAAUAUUUGCAUUAGAGAAUCUGUCAAACUUUCAGGCUUCAUGAAGCUCCAGGGCUUGCUCAUAGAGCGCAAUUUGUUAUCGGAAGUCCACUGUCAAUUUGCACAUAGUAUCAAUUAACCGAGCCCAUGUUCAAGAGUUUCUGAAUAUGCAGCUUUUCAAGGCACCUGAUUAUUUCGAUGUACCAAGAGAAACACCGAGGGACAUGGUCACCAGUCAGAAAAGCGGAUUCAUUGUGUCAGUUCUGAAUGCUUGGAUGACUGCUACGCGGAGUAGACAUUUUACAGUCCAGCGAUGGUGGCUGGAGCUUUUCAGCACAUCGAAGUAGGGCACAUUAGACACAUUCUGUCAGCAGACACCAACUCUCUUCACAUCUACGCAGCUCAAGGGGAGGUAAUACCGAGGCACGGCUGCACGAUCUUCUGAAAAUUACGCAUGCAGGGAACUUCUGCUCAAAGAAGGAUGAACCUGGCAUCUUCAAAUCCAUGUGACGUUUGGUGAAGCAGCGUAGCUGACAGUGUUCAAAGCGUAAGGUUUGGCACGAUGAUGGUGUGCCGCUACCAGCCAUCUUUGUAAGAAUAAGCUCUCAUGUGGAUGAGUAUUUCACAAAGUUAAAGCACAGUUAC